AAAUCGUCACUAAAAAUGCUUUUGGACCCUUAAUAGCCCUGGAACAAAAAGAAGCCAAGAUCCGACAAACCAUUAAGAAAAAAAUCCACCAGGAAAUUAAUAAUCCGAGUGUUGAGGCUGCUGACUACCUAGAAGAAUUAAAGGCAGGUUUAAAACUUCGCACUUAUGAGGAGUUUUGUAAUUUUACUUAUAACCAGUUAUUUAACCAAGAAUUACACGAAUGA